AUGACAGGUUCUCUUAAUAAACGAUGCUUAUUGAGUGGAGUGAGGAGGAUGAGAAUAAUAUUAUGCGAUACGAAUGAAAUAAUUACCGAUCUUUGGCGAGAAUCUAUACCCCAGGCGUAUAUCCAAAAUGAUAAAUAUCUUUGUAUUCAUCAUGGGCAACUUCAAUCUCUCAUGGAUUCAAUGCGCAAAGGUGACAAAACACACCAUGGCAACUCUUAUGCAAUUGUCUCGCCAGGCAACUCGUACGGAUAUCUUGGAGGAGGGUUCGAUAAAGCUCUGUACAAUUAUUUCGGAGGAAAACCCUUUGAAACAUGGUUUCGAAAUCAGCUUGGUACAAGAUAUCACACAGUAGGCUCUGCAACCGUGAUUGAUUUACAACGAUGUCUUGAAGAAAAAACCAUCGAGUGCAGAGACGGUAUAAGGUAUAUCAUUCAUGUUCCCACUGUUGUUGCCCCAUAUGCUCCUAUUUUUGAUCCGCAAAAUCCUCUUAAGACUGGGUUUGAACCUGUUUUCAACGCCAUGUGGAACGCAUUAAUGCAUUCUCCAAGUGAUAUUGAUGGUCUUAUUAUUCCUGGAUUAUGCACCGGGUAUGCAGGUGUACCACCCUUUAUUAGUUGCAAAAGUAUGGCGUUUGCAUUAAGACUGUAUAUGAUGGGGGAUCUCAUAAGUAAAGAACUGAAAAAUGUGCUAAUAAUGUACUAUUUACGAUAUCCAUUCGAACCUUUUUUCCCGGAAAAAUGCAAAAUGGAAUGCCAAAAACUAGGUAUUGAUAUCGAAACCUUGAAAUCCUUUAAUGUAGAAAAGGAUGCAAUAGAGUUGAUCAUUCCAAGAAGGAUAUUGACCUUGAAUUUAUAA